AUGGGUAAAAAUAGUGCCUACUCUUCCUCCCAAGAAAAUUCCAAUUGCAAUAAAAAGCUAAAGCUAUUUGGAGUCGAGCUCGAUCAAUCUGAUCACGAUGCCAACAACAACAACAACAACAACAAAGGAUGGUCAGAGCGCGACGAGAGUGUCAACUCGUCAGGCUCCUCCACUGUGACCGACAAAGCGGGCCCCACCGAGGGCGGCCCCGAGGCGGAGGACAGGAAGUUCGACUGCCAAUACUGCUUGAAGGUGUUUGCAAACUCCCAAGCUUUAGGAGGGCACCAAAAUGCACACAAGAAGGAAAGGCUGAGGAAAAAGAGGCUGCAGCUUCAAGCAAGAAAGGCCAGCAUCAAUUGCUACAUUCAACCUUUUUACUACAACAACAAUAAUCAAAAUAGUUAUGGAUCAAAUUCUGCAUGGUUUUACGAUCCAUCAUCCCAUCCUCCCGAAUUUUCGGCUUACGAGGAUCAGCAGCCGCAGAUCAGCUUUAGCGGUCCCGAGAUCUCAAGAUCAUGGGCCGGGGUUGACCGUGUUUCACUUCAUCAAGACACGCGUGCGUUUAAUCUCACGCAUGCUUCAACGAGGCCCCUCAUAAUCAACAAGGGUUCAUCCUUGCCUAAUUCAAAUAAGAAUUGUACCAGGAAGAAUUUGGAUCUUCAAUUAGGGUUGAGUUUGCAGUCUACAAUUUGA